UGGCUUGCGGCUUAUUUUCCCAGCUGGCAAGCGUCGCGCUGCAGACAAGGGAAUGCCUGUGGUCCUGCGUGUUCCGGAGCUCGGGGGCAUCGUGAUCCCGCUGAGCCCCUUCCAGGUGCGGAAGGGUUAAAAAUGAUGAAGAAGAGGAGGAAGCGAGGCGCGCACCCCGGCCCAUGCAGCAGCCGGAGGCCCGGCCCAGCCACUGCGCCCUCGCCGGAGCGCACGAGACCUGCAUGGACGGGCAUGGGCGUGAGAGCAGCACCUUCCUGCGCCGCCGCCCCCGCCGCCCCCGCCGCCCCCGCCGGGGCUGAGCGGUACCGCCGCCCCGGGCCCUGGCCGCCCUCGCCGCCGCCGCUGCUGCCGCUGCUGCUGCUCAGCCUCGGGCUGCUCCACGCAGGUGACUGCCAACAGCCAGCUCAAUGCCGAAUCCAGAAAUGUACCACAGAUUUCGUGUCCCUCACUUCACACCUCAACUCUGCCACCGAUGGCUUUGACUCUGACUUUUGCAAGGCGCUCCGUGCCUAUGCCGGCUGCACCCAGCGAACUUCAAAAGCCUGCCGUGGCAACCUGGUGUACCAUUCUGCGGUGUUAGGUAUCAGUGACCUCAUGAGCCAGAGGAACUGUUCCAAGGAUGGACCCACAUCCUCUACCAACCCAGAAGUGACUCAUGACCCUUGUAACUACCACAGCCUCGGAGGACUCAGAGAACACAGGGGAGGGGACCAGAGCCCUCCCAAUUACCUUUUCUGCGGCUUGUUUGGAGACCCUCACCUUAGAACUUUCAAGGAUCACUUCCAGACAUGCAAAGUGGAAGGGGCCUGGCCACUUAUAGACAAUAAUUAUCUUUCGGUUCAAGUGACGAAUGUGCCUGUGGUCCCUGGAUCCAGUGCAACUGCUACUAACAAGAUCACUAUUAUCUUCAAAGCACAUCAUGAGUGUACAGAUCAGAAAGUAUACCAAGCUGUGACGGAUGACCUGCCAGCUGCCUUUGUGGAUGGCACCACCAGUGGGGGGGAUGGUGAUGUUAAGAGCCUUCACAUCGUGGAGAGGGAGAGUGGCCGCUACGUCGAGAUGCAUGCCCGCUACAUAGGUACCACAGUGUUUGUGCGACAGCUGGGUCGCUACCUAACCCUCGCCAUUCGAAUGCCUGAAGACUUGGCCAUGUCCUACGAGGAAAGCCAGGACCUACAGCUGUGUGUGAAUGGCUGCCCUCUGAGUGAAUGCAUCGAUGAUGGACAAGGCCAGGUGUCUGCUAUCCUGGGGCACAGCCUGCCACAUACCACCUCAGUGCAGGCCUGGCCUGGAUACACACUGGAGACGGCCAGCACCCGAUGCCAUGAGAAGAUGCCAGUGAAGGACAUCUAUUUCCAGUCUUGUGUCUUUGACCUACUCACCACCGGUGAUGCCAACUUCACUGCUGCGGCCCACAGUGCCUUGGAGGACGUGGAGGCGCUGCACCCUAGGAAGGAGCACUGGCACAUCUUCCCCAGCAGCCGCACAGGAGGCGGUGCCCGCACAGGAGGUAGCGAUUUGUCUGUUGGUCUUGGACUCACAUGCUUGAUCCUUACUGUGUUUUUGUAGGGGUUGUUUUGUUUUUUUCUUUUUGUCUAUAACAAAGUUUUAAAUAUAUAUUGUCAUAAUAUAUUGAGUGAAAGAGUAUAUAUGUAUAUACCAUGUAUAUGACAGACGUUUGUCCUGGAGCACCAGAUUGUACAUUUUAUGUGUUUGACUGUUUUCACAUAUGUUGGUUGUAGUGUUUUUUUGAUUGUACCAAUUUUGUUUUUUGCGGUUUUGUGAAAUGUUUUAUAAUGUCCCUGCCUAGGGACCUCUUAGAAAGCACUUUAUUUUUUAUAUAUUAAAUAUUUAUGUGUGUACCUGGCUAAUAUGUACAGUGCAUAUACACAGACACCACGGCAAUCCAUUUGAAGGUGACCAGUCUGUAGCUACCCUGGGUGUUGAUCCUGCACUUCCCAUUGCUACUGAUUUGCCAAGGUACACAGUUUGUAAUGGAGCUGUCUUCUUCCCUUGUGUAAGUAUCUACUUAUUAAGUAAGUUGUUAGAAACAGAGCUCUUACUUUUCAGAACUUGGGGACAGACAGUGUUGCUACAGCUGCAGUUCUUGUUACUCUGUGACAUUUGAGCAUGUGUGGCCUGUGCGGUUGACUCUUCUGAACCUGCCAUUUGCUAAGUACAAGUCUGGUGAUGGUCAUUUCAAGUUGAUACCAGGCAUCUCCCUACACCUGAGCUAGUCCCUAUCCCCGUUUAAAUUGUACUUUUCCUCUCCCUUAAGCAAAACAAAACCAUCAACUUCGUAGAGUCCAUGCCUUGCUGUCCCUCUCUGUGAUUUUUAGAAAUCACAUUCUCCUUGGCUGCUUUGGAAUCCUAACGGUGCUCUCUGGUUCUACCCCAACGUCUCCUUCACCUCACACCUCAGGAUUCCAAACUCUGCCUGUUAGUCUUCCUGUGAUACUGAGGUCCAGGUGUAGGGCCUUAAGAACAGAAAAUCUGCCUUGGUGUGUAUUAGUAUACACUUACCUGUGGAUGCUGUUGUCCCGAUGUUCAUAACUAGGCAUUGCGCUGUCCAAGUACUCUGUCUUCUCAGCUCUCUGCCGUCUUCUCAGCUCUCUGCCAUCUUAACACCUGUAGUUGAAUAUUAGGCAGUUAACUCUUGUCACUUAGUGAAAUCCCCACAAAGUAAAUAAAGUCUUUCCUUGCCUCUCCCAUCAUCCCAUUGUUGGUACCAACUAUAAAAGAGAAUUAACAAAAAAGGCUGUGAGAGUAGCAGAGUUAACUCCUGGAUAGAUAUAGGUUUGUAUUGUUAUAUCUAAAUGUGUUUGGUUCCAAGAAGUAAUACAAUUUGUGUUUCAAUAUUUAAGGUUUACAUUAAUGCAAGCAAAAGAUACGACCUUAAAAUACUGUAGUUAUUUAGGCCAAGGCGUUGCCUUUGCCAUGUCUUAUUGGCCAGUAGCACUGACAGACUCGGGCUGGCAACAGAAAAGGGUGUCAUCACAGGGUGGAAUUGUGUGUUUUUCUAGAGGUGGCAAACCCUUUAGAGCUUGCAGAAAAUUAUGAAGGCAUCCUUAAAGGCUGAACUCCAGAGAGCUGGAAUCUAACCCUGUAAAAGAAGGUCCUUUUAAGAGAGCUGGACUAGGAAGGACCAACCAACCCUGAGCUCUGAAACAUGGCCACUUCUGUUCAUUUGUGGAGCCAUGUGCCAAGUUCAGAAGCUUAUCACUAGCUAAUAACUUGUAAUUAAGUAGAACAAGGAAGGGAAAAUGUUGGAUACUUUUAACCACUAUUUUUGUGCAAAUAGUAUAAAGGUAAAGUAAAAACAAUAGAAGUUUCUACAGUGUCUGGCUUUAGAGUAUGUGAUUGAUACACCUUUAUCCUUUCGGGGGGAGAACAAAACCACCACCACCUCUACUCAUAGUCUGGGUAAGCAAGGUUGUUUAGCUGUAACGUUUAGUGGGCAAGGGUGCCCACGAGAUGUACUACACAUCGGUAGUAUCAGUAAUGUAGUGUGGUGGUGGGUUCUCCCUCACAAUCAGUGUCCCUGUACGAUCUUUACAGUCCCCGUGGAUAACUUUUAGAAAUAAAGUAUUUCUGUAGAGAAGGGCCAGGUUUUUCCUUGGGGUUUCUAAGAACAUAUGCUUGCACUUUGUCCAUGCCAGCAUAUGAGUAGGCAGUGGCUCUUCACAGGCCUCCUGGGAGAGCUUAAAACUUGGGCCGAGACACUGAUUUCCACAGACCUACCUACAUGUGGCUCUUUUAGCGAAGACUCAAAAAACACUUCCUGCCCACUUCACUGUGCUUGGAAACCCCCCCCCCCCACAUUGUGCCGAGUCUUUACAGAGAAACCUGUAGAUGUGAUUCAUAGGUAUAUGAGUAAGUGUCUGUGUAAAAACAGUGGGUAUGCAGUAUGUACAUACUUUAAAUUAUUAUGCUAGAAAAAUAAAAGUUACAGACCAUA